AUGGCCGAAGGAAUGCUCCUUGCCGUUGCACAAAAAAUCAUUGAAGAUUUGGGCUCUUGGGCUUUCCAAGGGAUCGUAUCGCAUUGGGAUGUCGAAGCUGAACUUGAAAACAUCAAGAACACUGUUUCCACGAUUCAAGCUGUACUUCGGGAUGCAGCAGAGCAGCAGAGUCAUAGCCAUCAAGUUAAGGAUUGGCUUGAAAAGCUUAAGGACGCAGUUUAUGAAGCAGAUGACCUGUUGGGUGAGUUCUACACUGAACUCACCGAAGCUUUACAACAAGGAGGGAUGAAUGAGAAUAUUGCAAAAAAGGUACGCGGUUUCUUUUCAACUUCAAACCCAUUUGUUUUACGUCGAGAGAUGAGUCGUAGAAUAAUUGAGAUGAAGCAGAAACUAAAUGCUAUAGCGGAAGAUAGGAAAAUGUUUCAUUUGAAAGACUACCAUGUAGAGCCACCUGUGAGUAUGGAUAGGGAAGAGACUCACUCAUUUGUGCUUGAUGAAAAAGUUAUUGGGAGAGAAGAUGAUAAAGAGGCCAUCAUAAAACUGCUAUUGGAGCCUAAUGAUGAAGAGAAUGUUUCAAUUAUUCCUAUAGUGGGGAUUGGUGGGUUAGGAAAGACCACACUUGCUCAAUUUGUAUACAAUGACAAGAACAUCAAAGAACAUUUUGAGCUAAAAAUGUGGACAUGUAUAUCUGACGUCUUUGAUGUGAAAAUGAUUAUUCAAAAAAUAAUAUCGGCUACAGGUAAGGAACCUGUAGACCAUAGCAUGGAUAAAUUACAAGAUAAACUUCGUAAAAUAAUUAAUCAAAAGAAGUACUUACUUGUCUUGGAUGAUGUGUGGAAUGAGGAUCCUCACAAAUGGGAUAGUUUGAAAGACCUUUUAAUGGGUGGUGCUAAGGGAAGUAAAAUUGUAAUAACUACACGUGGGAGAUUGGUAGCAGAGAUUACAUGCCCAACUUCAAUAUACACUCUUAAAGGUCUCGAUGAAGAACAGUCUUGGUUGUUAUUCAAACAAAUAGCAUUUAGAAAAGGGCAAGGGCAAGGGACCAAUAAUCCUAGACUAGAAGAAAUUGGAAGGGAAAUUGUGCACAAGUGUCAAGGGAUACCCCUUGCCAUAAAGUCUAUAGGAAAUGUACUGCACUUGGAGAAAACAGAGCAUAAAUGGUCAUAUGUCAACAAUAAUAUACUAGAAAGUGCAACUCAACAAAAAAAUGACAUUUUUCCAAUUCUAAAGUUGAGUUAUGAUUAUCUUCCAUCACAUUUAAAAAGUUGUUUUGCCUUUUGUUCCUUGUUUCCUAAAGAUUCUGAGAUUGAUAAGGUGACACUUGUACAACUAUGGAUAGCACAAGGUUUUAUCCGACCAUCAAACAAAAACCAAGAAUUAGAAGAUGUUGCAGAUGAGUAUUUCAAGGAUUUGCUUUGGAGGUCCUUCUUCGAAGAAGUGACAAAUGCAAUGGGAAAAUUAAAUUACAAGAUGCAUGAUUUAAUUCAUGAUCUUGCACAAUUAGUUGCAGGGCCAGAGUGCACAAUAAUUACUUUGGAUCGAAACAAUUUUGAUGAAAAACCUCGUCAUGUGUCACUUCCAUUAUAUAUUGACUUAUCUUUUAUUGAAACUUCAAGUUUGCUAGUUAGAGCAGAGAAGUUACGUACAUGCCUUCUAACUUUUAAACCUAAUAAGUCUGGUAAAGCGGGGAAACUAGAUGAAUCAAAGUUGAAUAAACUUAUUUUGAGUUGCAGAAGAUUGCGUGCAUUGGGUUUAUGUGGAGUGCAUAUUGAGAGAGUGCCAGAUUCUAUUGGAAAGUUGAUACAUCUUACUUAUCUUGAUUUUUCUGAGAAUCAUGGUAUUGAAACUCUCCCUAAUGCUAUUUCUAGACUUUGGAAAUUGCAAACACUAAAAGUCAAUGAUUGUCAGAAGCUUAAAGAAUUACCUAGAGACAUUAGAUUUUUGGUUGGCCUCAGGCAUCUUGAGAAUAGCUAUUGUGGGCGAUUGAGUCAUAUGCCUGAUGGAUUAGGGAAAAUGACAUGCCUUCAAACGUUAUCAUUAUUUGUUGUGAGAGACAACCAAGCUUCUACCUCUGGGCCCAUUAGUAGUGGGCUAGACGAAUUGAAUUCGCUAAACUCCCUGAGAGGAAAACUACAAAUCUCAAAUUUGAGAUGUUUGGAAGAUGUUUAUUCAGAACCCAAUGCUGCCAAUUUAAGGGCAAAACAAUAUCUUGACCGGUUGUCAUUAUUAUGGCAUGCAAAUGAUCAUUAUUUUUGUUCUGAUGACGACAACGAUGGUGAUGAGAAGUUAUUAGAAGGCCUCCAACCACACCAAAAUCUUAAAUUUUUGUCUGUGAAUGGUUAUGGGGGUGUGAGAUUUUCAAGUUGGCUUUCGUUGCUCACAAAUCUGGUUGAUUUAUCUAUAACUGGUUGUAAGAGAUGUCAACAACUUCCACGAUUGUCUCGACUCCACUCUCUGGAACGUCUAUCGCUUCAUAAUAUGGAAGUUUUGGAGUACAUAUCAGAUGGUGAUAUAAAUGAGGAGUUUCAUACUUCAUCCUUAUUCCCAUCGCUAAAGUCAAUUUCUAUUAGGCGCUGCCCUAAUCUGAAGGGAUGGUGGAGGAGCACAUCAACAACAGAUCACCAACAACAUCCGCAUCACCAGUCACUGCCUUCAUUCCAUCAUCUUUCUGCUUUAUAUAUUCAGUUUUGCCCUAAUCUAACUUCCUUACCUCCAUUUCCGUAUCUUGAAGAAAGUCUAUUUUUGGAACAAGUCAGUUUGAAACCUUUACAACGGACAAUAGCAAUGAAUUUGUCGCUUCCUUCUUCCUCCUCUUUCUUGUCCUCUCCUUUCUCCAAAUUAAAGUCUAUGAAUUUAAGUUUUAUAAAGGAUACAGAGGCUCUACCAGAUGAGUGGAUGUCAAACCUGAGUUCUCUCAAGCAACUAAGCAUAGAAGGAGGCCCUAAGCUGAAAUCUCUAUCUCUAGCUGUGCCCCAUCUCACCUCACUCGAGAGCUUGGAGAUUCAUAAUUGUGAGCUGUUUGAUUCAAUUAGUGACAUGGGUGAUGAUGGCAUCGAAUGGCAACAUCUGAAAUGCCUCAAUUCUCUGCGAUACGACAGCGUUCUGAAUUUGAAGUCUAUUCCAUCCGGGCUUCAACAUGUUUCAGCUCUGCGAAAGCUUGUGAUUUCUAAUUGCCCCAAUUUGACGAUUCUCCCAGAGCUCACCUCAGUUGUAUACCUUCAAAUUUCAAAAAGCCCUAACCUAACAUCAAUUCCCGAUGGGAUUACUAAUCUCACAUCCCUUGAAGAACUUCACAUUUACGAUUGUCCAAAUCUCAAAUCACUUCCUGAUGAGAUGGUUUCUCUCAAGUCUUUACAAAAGCUAACAAUUGAAGGAUGUCCUGACUUAGCGAAAAGAUGUGAAAGGGGAAUUGGGGAAGACUGGUUCAAAAUUGCUCACGUCCCUGUUAUCAAAUAUUGGAAUUGGUGA